AAUGCAGUACUCAUAGACUGUAAAAAAUACUAGUAGUAGUACUAGCAGUACUCCUCUCUCGCCGUAGUAACCCUCCAGUCUAGCAGGUGGCGGCCUUGCGCCGCUCCUGGUUUCCUCGCCUGCGUUGAAACUCCAAAAAGAAGAAGUGUUACGUGAGGUUUGAAAUCUGCAGCUGAGCGACCUGCUGCAAACAGAGAGGAGAGGAAGAGGACACAAAGAAGAAUAAGAGGAGAGGAAGAGGAGCAGCUUUCUGUCGUUUCUCUGAAGAUCGAGGUCCUGGCUUCAUGAAACACAUGCAGACCUGUGAGAUCUGCGGGGAGGACUUUCUCCUGGAGGAGGACCUGAGAACUCACCUCAUGCUGAGCCACGAGGAGAACACCAUGAGCUGCCCUUUCUGCUCGCUGAGCGGAGUGUCGUAUGACGAGCUCUGCUUCCACAUUAGCUCCGCCCACGCUGAGGAGCAGAGUCCAAAGCCAUCCAGAUCUGCUCAUCUAUACCAGCAGACCAGAGACCAGGAUCCAGAUAAGUCCAGAUCUGCAUCGGCCUGCUGUGAAGGAACAAACACGUCAGACAUGAAGGUCUUGACAUCUAGAUCCUGCAGGAGGAGCUGUGGUAGAACUGCUCCUGCUGCUCACACUGACUCAGGAGAAGCAGGAGGUGUGUGUUCAUCCUAUGGAGAGACUGAUUCUAACUCUUCAUCAUCACAGAGACUGAAAACCAGAGCAGAGCCUGCAGAGCCCUCCUCUUGCAGCAAAGCCAAACUGAAGCGUCUGUCUUCACCCAGCAGAGACCCUCAGCAGCUGGCGUGCCCGAUGUGUGCUCUGGUCUGCAGUAACAGCUUCAUCCUGCAGGAGCAUGUAGAGCUGCACCUGAUCCAGCAGAGAUCACCUGAAGGUUCACCAGCUGUGACGUCAUCAUCAUCCUCGGUUGGCAGCUCCUCAGGAGAUAGGAGGUUUGAGUGUCCUCUGUGCUCAGUGCUCUGCAGCGACAGCGUCUCCCUGCAGGUCCACGUGGAGCUGCACUUUGACCCCGGAGCAGCAGCAGACUCUGCAGGGAGCUCUGACCUGGAGCUGGCCCGACGGCUACAGGAGGAGGAGGCUCAGAGGAGGAGGCUGGAGGAGGCCUGGCAGGAGAGGGAGGAGUUCAAGAAGCUGCAGAGGCAGUUUGGCGUGGACAGCAGCGGGGGUUACGGCAGACAGAUGGAGAGGACGAUGGAGCGGGCGGUGGCUCGGGGUCUCAUGGGCCCCGCAGAGUUCCACAGUAAGAGGGCGGAGCUGAUGGAGUCUCUGUCCUCAGGGGUGGACGACGGCAGGACCAGGACUCAGGGUGUGAUCAGGGCGUUGUACGAGUUCUAUCAGACGGACUGCAGAGACUGCAUCCACGUGUGGCUGAGCGCUGACACUGAUCACUUCUGCUCCUCGGCGGGGGACAAAGGCUGGGGCUGCGGCUACAGGAACCUCCAGAUGAUCCUUUCCUCUCUGCACGGAGUCGACACAUACGCCGCCGUCCUGCCAGAGCGGUCCGUUCCCAGCAUCCCUCGGUUGCAGCGGAUGAUCGAGGAGGCGUGGAAAGAGGGGCUGGAUGCUCAGGGUGCAUCUCACUUUAAUAAUCGUCUGCAGGGGACCCGAGCCUGGAUCGGAGCCACAGAGAUCUACAGCCUGCUCACCUCUCUGAGGAUCAGCGCACACAUCGUGGACUUCCACCGGCCCACAGGCCCUGCUGACACACACCCCAGCCUGCUGGAGUGGGUGAAGCAGUACUUCAGUCAGACCAGCAGCAACAGACUGCCCCCCCGACUGGUCCAGACCUCCCUGCCCCCCCUUUACCUGCAGCACCAAGGUCACAGCCGCUCCAUCGUGGGUUUGGAGCAGAAGAAGAAUGGGUCUCUGAGCCUCCUGCUGCUGGACCCGGCCUCCUCCAUGUCCGAGACCAGGAAGCUGCUGAGCAGAGACUCGGUGGGCUCCGCCCUCCGACACGUCAGGAAGUCCAGCGGGAGCCUGAAGCACAGACAGUACCAGGUGGUGGCGCUGCAGGGGGUCCUGUCUGCAGAGGAGAAACAGAUCAGCAUCUGUAAAUCCAGGACGUUGUGUGCAGAGAGGAUCCCCUGAUGAAGAACUCUCCUUCCCUUCUCCUUGUUUUUAUUUCCUUAAUUUAAUAAUAAAUAGUUUUUAUCACUAAAUAAA